GGCUAUUUGGGCGGGCGGUCCGGCGGCCCGCGGCGCCCCAAGCCCGGGACAGAGAGAAUCUGUUUUUCGAUUGCGAGUCCCCUCCCUUCAAUAACAGAGACUGGCCUCAUCAUCGUCAUCGUCAUGAUCGUCGCCACCCGCCCCCUGCGCUCCCUCUUCCUCACCCUCCUGGCCCUGCUGGCCCUCUUCGGUGCGGCGGCCCGGGCCUUCGAGGCUCGCGACCUCGGCACCGAGGACUUCGAGAUCUCGGACGUCUACCAGCAUGGUGACAUGGACAAGCCCGAGGAGUUCGGCCACCUGGACAUCCGCCGGGUGCUGAAGCGCGUGGCCCAGCUCCGCGCCGCCGGCCAGCAUGUUCCCCGCGGUGACGCCGAGAUCGCCGACCGCAUGGACGAGUUCCGCUACUCCGGCCUGCGCAAGGUGUCCCACCCGACCGCCACCGAGGAGUUCCCCGAGUACUACGUCGACACCAUCCUGGACAUCGAGCCGGAGGAGGCCAACACCAUGUCCCUGCCCAAUGUCAAGGACAAGGCCACCGUCCUGGAGCUGGCCAAGAUGACCAGCAACGCCUACUACAGCUCCUCCGAGUCCAAGGAGUGGUACACCCUGCCGACCUAUGGCAAGCCGGCCAUGAGCUUCGGCUGGAGUGGCAACGCCCUGCGCGGGUAUGUCUACACCAAUGCCAGCAAGUCGGUGGCGGUCAUCGACUUCAAGGGCACCUCCCUGUCCUUCCUCGGCAUCGGCGGCCCCACUUCGGCCAAUGACAAGAUCAUCGACAACCGCAUGUUCAGCUGCUGCUGCGCCCGCGUGUCCUCCGGCUGGAAGACCGUCUGCGACUGCUACCGUGGCAACGGCAGCGACAACAAGUGCAGCAACUCCUGCCUGCGCAGCGCCAUGCAGAACGACUCGCUCUCCUACUACAAGGCCGCCCUCAACAUCUACAACCAGGUCCGCUCCAAGUACCCCAAGGCCACGGUCUGGUUCACCGGCCACUCGCUCGGUGGCUCCCUGGCCUCGCUGCUCUCGGUGAAGACCGGCUACCCGGCCGUCCCGUACCAUGCCCCGGGUGAGCUCCUGUAUGGCCAGCGCCUGGGCCUGCCCAUCAACACCGGCAACAUGGGCGCCUACAAGAUCUGGCACUUCGGCAGCACCGCCGACCCCAUCUUCCGCGGUACCUGCAAGGGUGCGGCUUCGGCCUGCGCCGUGGCCGGCUACGCCCUGGAGACUGGCUGCCACAUUGGUAACGAGUGCAUCUACACCGGUGGCGUGGAGAACGUCAACAACCACCGCAUCAGCGUGGUCAUCGACAAGUACAUUAGCCCCAAGCCCGUGCCCGCCUGCAAGCCUGCCCCGUCCAAGUGCAACGACUGCAGCCAGUGGACCUGGGUUUCCUAAAUGGCCCGAGGCUGGCCCCGCCCUCCUGUGCCCCGGCCUUCUCCCUUUUCUCCUUCCUCCUCGUGAGAGGGGGGCGAGGGCGGGGGAGAAGGCCGCGCCGGGGGCAGGCGGGGGAUGGGGCAGCGUAAGGGGGCGGGCAGGCGCACGUAGAGGAUAGCCAUCCGCCGCGGCGGCAUGUCUCCCCUCCUCUCUCUGUGUGUUGGUGCCGGAGUGCGCUUCCGCCCCAUGUGCUGCGCCCCUCCCUCCCGCGCGCCUCUCCUUCCCGUGCGCGGCUGUGCGGAACAUAUGUCCACGUAUAUGCACAUGCGCGUGUAUGUAUGUAUGUGUGUGUGUGUGUGUGCCACGCGCAAAACCCCCUCCUUUUGAGACCUGCCAUUCGCGCGUGGCCACAUGCCGCGCGCACCUGCCUGCGCGCGACGUCGGGUCUCUCCUCUUCCCCUCCCCCUUUUUUCCUGCGCCUCGCGCGCAUGUGUAUGCUAUGUUCGGCGUCCGGUCCCCCCGAUGUGUUGUGUGCGCGUACGGUCGCACACACAUGCAUGGGGUGCAUCUUUUGCGCCCCCCCCCCCUCUCCCCGGCGCAAGGUGCCAGGGUGGUGGAGGUGGGGCGGAGAGUGUCCGUGGGCGAUUGCUCAUGCGACACGUCAGUCCCCCUCCUCGUCCCCCCUCCCCCUCCCUGCCACAUGGGUCCCUCCUGUCCCUCCCCGCUCCCUUCUCCGCAUGUGUGUCCGCCCACCCACCCAUACACACGCGGUGCGCGACAUGGCCCGACACAAAUACACUCCUAGUU